AUGUCACUUUCUACGUCGACAAAGAGCCGUAUUGCAUUGUGCGUAGUGUCAGGAAUCGCUGUCUACCUUUUGAACUACGUGUUAUUUCGUCCGAUUGUACUCACGUCCGACGUGACUUCCACGUAUUAUUUGGACUCCAUAAAGGUAUCAGCUGCCGUUACGGGCGCCGCUGUUAUUUUCUUGAGCACCAUUGGCCUAGCUCUUGGUUGGUGCCUCCUCAGUCACUAG